CGAAACUACGCGACGUCGAAACCGCUUUUACGUCCGCGCUAAUAAAACUCGUUGAAAAUGCAUACAUCAAAAUGGUAGAAUCGCUACAAAUGUUUUUAUUUCUAUUUAAAUCUAAAUACAGACGAAAAUGUUCAUGGUUCUCGCCAUUCCUGUGUUCAGUGCUCAUAGUGUUAUUGUUCUGUGAUGGUGUUCUGUCUAAGUGUGAGGAUCAUACUUGUGUAAACGGUGUGUGUAAAAAUGAUAUGUGCGUGUGUUACGAGGGGUGGCAGGGUCCGGAGUGUCAGUACUGCGGCGGCAAAGUCAAUUUAACAUCACCAACAGGCUUCAUAACAGAUGGGCCUGGUAACUACAGUGUCAGCACCCAGUGUUCAUGGCUGCUGACUCCCCCCAGACUUGGGCCAACCCCCCCACCUCUUCGCGUGCGCCUCGAGAGCUUCGCAACGGAGUGUGGAUGGGACCACCUCUAUGUUUACGACGGUGAUAGCGUUAGGGCUGAGAAAUUACUAGCUGUGUUCAGUGGUGUCUUAGAGAAUGGAGAGUCAAGUUGGACGAGGCAGGUGAUAGCUCGUUCGGGCAGCGCGCUGCUGCACUUCUUCAGUGAUGAUGCGUAUGCCAUGGAGGGGUUUAACGUGACGUAUGCAGCGUACUCCUGUCCUUCUAACGAUCAUAGGACUAAUUGUUCAAAUCAUGGUGAAUGUGAAGAUGGAUCGUGUAGAUGUGAACCAGAGUGGACGGGAGUUGCCUGUGAUGAGCCACUAUGUCCAGAUCCGCGAUUAUGGUGGCUGGAGAUCGUCCCUCGAUCCCCGACGCCCGGAGUAUCACCUACUGUGCCGGCUAGGGCGUGA